AGAGGAGGAGGGGGUGAGGACAAAGAUGGGGUUUGCGUGUUAUUCACAAUUGAAGAAAGCUCUGAGUGAACCAUCAUCAUUGCCAGGCAGCGAAAGGAAAUUUCAUGGAGGAAUAGAGGAUCAUCCCAGCAUCCCCGCUACUGUCGCGAAGGUGCCCUGAUGACAGAGCUUUGGCCAAGGACAGUAAAGGUUGUUCUGCGGGAAAUUGGUGCUUUCACUGAUAUGAUGCUGAGAGCUGGAGGAGCAGACACCUCUGGCACAUCAUUGCUACUCCUGCUGCUUCUGUUCUCCUGUAACCACCUGUGCCACUCGCUGCGGGUUCCAAAUCUCUCUUCUUAUGCAAAAGCAGAGGACAAGCUUUUUAAAUACCUCUUUGGCAGCUACCAGAAAUGGGUUCGUCCAGUUGAAUACCUGAACCAGACAAUUAAUGUGAAGUUUGGACUGGCUAUCUCUCAGCUGGUUGAUGUGGAUGAGAAAAACCAGCUUAUGACAACGAAUGUAUGGAUGAAACAGGAAUGGACAGAUAUGAAACUCAGGUGGAACCCAGAGGACUAUUUAGGAAUCACAACUGUCCGAGUUCCCUCUGACAGGAUAUGGCUCCCAGAUGUUGUUCUAUAUGAUAAUUCAGAUGGUCGUUUUGAAGGCACAGUAACCAAAGCUGUUGUGAAGUAUGAUGGAACUAUAACUUGGACACCUCCAGCCAAUUACAAGUCUGCCUGCACAAUAGACGUCACAUUCUUCCCCUUUGACCUCCAGAAUUGUUCAAUGAAGUUUGGCUCGUGGACAUACGAUGGCUCACAGGUUGACAUAAUUUUGGAGGACUUCCAUGUGGACAAGCAGGACUAUUUUGACAAUGGUGAAUGGGAGAUUGUGAAAGCCACCGGCAGUCGUGGUUUAAGGAGAGAUGGCAGUACUUCCUACCCCACUAUCACCUACUUCUUCAUCAUUCGUCGACUACCUCUUUUCUACACUCUGUUCCUCAUCAUCCCUUGCAUCGGACUGUCUUUUCUUACCAUCCUUGUGUUUUACUUACCAUCUAACGGUGGUGAGAAGAUCUCGCUCUGCACUUCAGUUCUGGUCUCUCUCACUGUUUUCCUCUUGGUUAUUGAAGAGAUCAUACCCUCCUCGUCCAAGGCCAUCCCACUCAUUGGCGAGUAUUUGGUGUUUACCAUGAUUUUUGUUACUCUUUCUAUAGUCAUCACUGUAUUUGCCAUAAACAUACACCAUCGCUCUUCAUCAACACAUCAUGGCAUGGCACCAUGGGUCAGAAGGAUAUUCCUGCAUCGACUGCCUAAACUAUUGUGUAUGCGCAGCCAUGUGGAUCGAUAUGCCACCAGUGGAGUGGCCGGGACUAUUGGGACUCUAGGACUUGGUCUGGAAGAUUCAAGUCCAGAACUCACUCCACUUCUCAACAAAAGACAGAGCCUACAAGCAGCACUGGACUCCAUUCGCUACAUAACCAUGCAUGUGGUAAAGGAAAAUGAAGUCAGAGAGGUGGUACAGGACUGGAAGUACGUUGCCCAAGUGUUGGACCGAAUGUUUCUCUGGGCCUUCCUCCUGGUAUCAGUGCUUGGUUCUGCCCUGCUCUUCAUCCCAGUGAUCUACAAAUGGGCCAGCAUUGUUGUUCCGGAUUAUAGUGGAAGUACUCUCUAAAAAAUAAAAUCAUGUGGACAACAUAUAUAAAAGCACACGCCUCAUUAUGGAGGAGGCUGUUUAAGCACACUGAGAGCAAGGUGCAAUCUGCAGAUGUUAUGACUUGUUUAUGGAGUUAUAGUCUACUGUUUCAAAUAAACUGAAAAUGUAGUAUUAUAUUAGACUAAAACAUCUGGAUUAUGUGAUUCAAUGUUGAGAUCAAUUUUACAUUCUUUGCAUUACUUAACAUGCUGUAACUAUAACUACAUUUAAGGCAUAGGUCUGUCAUGUCUUUUUUAACAAAGGGUUUUUGUUCACGGAUAAGAAAGACCCUCUUAAGAACCUAAUCUUCUUACAUAAACUCUGGUAUUAUAUGCUGCUGUGAAGAACUCUUUUCUCACAAUUUACAGAUGAAUAAGAGUGCCUGCUCCUGCUCCAAAGUAAAAAAGGUUAGUUUUGCUCAAUAGUUUUUCAUAAUUUGUAUAACUUAUAACACUCAUAAGUGAUGUGUAAUUAUUUCAGGUAAAAGAUGGUGCGUGUGCAGAGGAAUUUUAAAGAAAAUGUAUUAUUUUUCAUGUUUCUGUCUUUUUUGUGGAGUACUUGUGAUUGCGGCAAGAUUAUCAUUGUUCCUUUGGAGGGGAGUCACUGGAUUAACAUGGACAUCAUAAUCAAAGCUCUUCACUCUAAUGGGCACACCAUUACAGUUGUACGGACCACAGAAAGCUGGUACAUCCCAGACAACGCCGAAUAUUUCAAUACAGUUACAGUUCAUGUUGAAGAAGCCUUCAAUCCUGAAUUUAUGAAUCCAAUACUGGAAAAAAUAUUUCCAUUGGAGAGAGGGGGAGGCUCUUUUAUGACCUUUGCAAGUUUACAACUGGAGAUGUUUACGGCAAUGUAUGACAUGCAUGGUCUCAUCUGCAAAAUGGCAAGAAGCAUGUUCACAGAUAUAGAUUUGAUGAGUCAUCUGAAUGAGGGUAAAUAUGACUUGGUGCUCACUGACCCUGCGUGGGGGGCUGGAAUUAUGCUCGCUCACUAUCUUAAAUUACCACUGGUGUAUAAUGUACGCUGGGUUACAAGUGGAGAGGGGCAUUUGGCUACUGCACCAUCACCUUUGUCAUACAUUCCCAUAACUGUUUCAGGACUGUCUGACAAAAUGACUUUUGUACAAAGGCUCAAAAAUAUAUUGUUCUAUUUAUUAUGGCAAGUGCAGGAUACAUUUCUAAUAGACCCACAGUAUCAAGCAGUGUGUACAGAGUUCUUUGGGCCUAAAGUUAGAUAUAGGCACUUAUUACAGGGGGCAGACAUCUGGUUAAUGAGAGUGGACUUUGUGUUUGAGUUUCCACGUCCUACGAUGCCUAAUAUGGUCUAUAUGGGAGGGUUCCAGUGUAAACCUGCUCAACCGCUCCCUCAGCACUUAGAGGACUUUAUUCAAAGUUCUGGAGACCAUGGAGUUAUCCUCAUGUCUAUGGGGACGUUUGUGAAUGAACUUCCUCAUGACCUGACAGAUGACAUUGCAGCAGCUUUUGCCAAGUUGCCACAGAAAGUCAUCUGGAAACACAAAGGCUACAGACCGGCCUCUCUGGGAAACAACACUUUACUUGUGGACUGGAUGCCUCAGAAUGACAUCCUGGGACACCCCAAAACCAGACUGUUUGUGGCUCACGGGGGGACAAAUGGUCUUCAAGAAGCUAUGUAUCAUGGAGUCCCUGUAGUGGGUGUGCCUGUGUUCUUUGACCAGUAUGAUAACUUACUGCGCCUUCAAGCAAGGGGAGGGGCUAAAAUACUCACUCUGUCCACAGUAAAUAAAAAUAGCUUUCU